AUGCCGGGCAAGAUCGAAGAAUGGACAGACUACAAAUUGACGGAGGAGCAGAAGCAGCACUGGAUGGACCACGGCUUCGUCAAGAUCGAGGGCUGCUUCUCCCGCGACUUUGCCGACCGGUGGACGAGCUCGAUCUGGACGCGCCUGGGGGCCGACCCCAACGACAAGUCGACGUGGCCGACGGAGAAACUCAAUAUGCCGGGCCACACGGUCGUGUCGGUCAAGGAACACGCCCCGAAAGCGUACGCGGCCAUGUGUGAGUUGGUGGGCGGCGAGGAGCGGGUGGCAGACUGGUGCAAGAACUGGAAGGACGGCUGGAUCCCGAACCUGGGCAAGCCCGAGUACAAGCCCACCGACGAGCUGGACUUCCGCGCGCUCGACAACUGGCACUGCGACGGCGACUGGUUCACGCAUUACCUCGACUCGCCGGAGCAGGCCCUGCUCGUGAUCCCGCUGUUCACCGAGAUCAAGCCCAAGGGCGGCGGGACGGCCAUCUGCACGGAUGGGAUCAAGCUGGUGGCGAAAAGACUGCACGACCUCCCCCAAGGCGCGACGCCGUACCUCGCCGAGCGCGGCACGCCCGAGAUCCCCAAAUCCAACCCGCGGCGGCGCGAGCUGUGGAAUUCCUGGGUCCGCGACCCACAACUCACCCGCGACGAGUCCUUCCACGAGGCCACGGGUCAAGUCGGCGACGUGUACUUUCUGCAUCCCUUCAUGCUGCACUCGGCGUCCAAGAACCUGCGGCGCGAGGUCCGCAUCAUCACCAACCCGCCGGUGGCAUUGAAGGAGCCCUUCAACUAUAAUCGCGCGGAUGGCAGGUAUAGUCUCGUCGAGGCCAAGACGUUGAAGGAUCUCGGCCGGCCCGAGGGGUUGCCGGACUGGACAAUCACGGGGCCGAGGGAGUUGCUUUCUGCGGCGGGUGGGCGGAUACAGAUGCAGGAAGAAAUGAAGAAGAAGGAGCUGGAACGGCUCAAGAUUGCCGGCAUCCCGAUCCACACGUUGGAGGGGUUGAGCGAGUACAAGCUUGAUUAUUACCCUUCGUAG